CUGAGAGGGAAGUGAUGAACACGCGUGAGGGUAUUUAAAAUGUUCUUCUGCCUGAGCGUUCUCCACUUUCAGUGCUGUGACACUUUCAUCAUGUCUCUGAUACAAGGCAUCGUCCUGCUCCUGCUCAGCAUCAGUCUGGUUCAGAGUCGUUCCAUAAAGGUACUGGAUAACGUUCUUUCUGAGGAGAUUGAUAAAAGCACUGACCCUGAUUUUUACUCAGUAUCAGCCAUCAUUGAAAGAGCCAACAAGAAUAUUGAAAAGUCAAAGAGUGGUUUCAACAUUACCCAUGGUGACAUCGCGGAGUACACUGGGCUCCAGAAUGCAGAUCCAUGUACUGCUCGUGGGUGCAAGUGGCCCAGGAACCAAAAUGGGAAUGUCAAUGUUCCCUUUGUCAUUUCCAGGCAGUACUCACCCAAUGAAAGAAACGUUAUCCUGCGUGGACUGGAAUCCUUCCAAAGGUCGACCUGUGUCCGAUUCGUACCUCGAACCAAUGAAGAACACUUCCUUAAUAUAAUCUCAGACAAUGGGUGCUAUUCAUUCAUUGGUCGUCGUAGUGGAAGGCAGGUCGUGUCUCUACAACGUGGCGGCUGUGUUUUUCAUAACAUCGUCCAACAUGAGCUUCUCCACGCUCUGGGCUUUCAUCAUGAGCAGAACCGAAGUGACCGUGACCAGCAUGUCAGAAUCCUUCUCCAGAAUGUUCUCCGUGGACAGGAGCACAAUUUCAAUAUAGUCAACACCAACAACUUGAGGACGCCAUAUGACUACAAUUCUGUCAUGCAAUAUGAGAGGUUUGCCUUCUCCAGCAAUAGGCAGCCGACCAUCCUCCCGAUUCCAGACAAUAACGUUUCCAUUGGACGUGCCACUGAGAUGAGCCCCAAUGACAUUCUACGCAUUAACAGGCUCUACUGCAGUUAAAUAAAAAACUCUGAAUGUCAAGAAUGCUUUAAAAAUGCUUUAAAAAAUUUCUUGCACGAUGAAUGAAAAUGCUUUGCACUUAAAACAGAAGCAGCAUCUUAUUUUUUUAUUUUUUUGCUUGUAUGAAUUUAUUUUGAUCUUUUACCUGCAGUUUUUAAUUUGAGAUGCAGCUCAUGCUGAUGAUUUAAAAAGAAACACAGCUCAUUAGUCUAUUACACACUCCUGCCUAUUUAACGAUCUGAUUAGGAAUCUGUUACUAUACAAUCUCUGUUUUUGGAAUUAUGUUGUAGGAAUGAUUUUGUUUCUUAAACAGCUAUAAAUAAACAAAAUGUUGCUGAUGA